UGUAACUUGCAAGGUCUCUAACGAUGAUUAUAUACACGACCUGAAAAGUUCAGCUAAAUUUCUUUACAUGGAGGAAGGUUCGGAUCCUAUUUUGAACAUGCCAGAAUACAUCCACGAUGAAAAUACGACAGUCAGUUGCGAAGUGUCUAAUGCACGACCACCAGCGUCGAUUGAAAUAUUGGUAGACAACCAAGCAAUCAGUGAAGCUGUUCAAAACGAUAUAUUGGACGAAACGUCAAAAACAUUCGCUAGUAAAGCUUUGAUACUGAAGAUAGACAAACAGUGGAAUGGAAAGAAAAUAUGUUGCCGUCGAUAUUCUAUAAUUAACGGAAAUAUUAAAGCCACCUGUAAAACGUUAGACAUAAAGUUGCAAACUCAACCCUUUAACAUUUCCCUCUAUAAUGUACAGAAUGGUACACAGUAUUUUGAUUCAACAACGGGAGAAACCGUUAUUCUGAAAGGUAGUUCGAUGAAUGACGCACAUGCAAAUGGUCUAUUCGACAAGAUUACACGGUCCUUUAAGUUUCUGUUGAAGCCAAUUUUGAUAGGAACUGGGGCCUUUGUUGUCCUCUGUAUUUUCGUUGCGUCAGCAAGAACACUGGUACGGUGGCAUAAAGGUAGAAACAGAACCAGGGAUCCGGACAAUACAAACGGUAGCCAGAAGAACAACUUCAACCCAUUUUAUUUUACAACAGUCACAUUAUCAGCGAUCGAAUCACCCCCCUCUCUUGAUACAAAUGAGUAUGUUGAAAUGCCUGCUACAUCAAUGGCUAUGAAUGCAUCUCACGAUUUGGCAGACGAUCAUGUCGGAAUGGGGACACGGGAAGACUCCAUGAUGGCCCGGAAGCCAAUCACAGCUAUUGAGUCAGCGCAUGGGGAAAGCAGUCUGAAUUACGCGGAUCUGGAUAUUGACCAUCUACAACAAUCAAGUGUUGGUCCGAUACCUGGCCCACGACCAACUAUAGGCAAAGAAGCACCGUUGUAUGAAGAUAUUACCUUUUCUAACACAAAACCUGUGGGGCUUCAUUAAGUACUUUGUAAUGACUACUACCAAAAACAUUAUGACAACAAUUCUAAUGUGUAACUCGUGUAGACUGUGUUAUGAUUGCUGCAAACUAGGAUACUUGUUUUGCUUCUAUGGAAAACACGUAGAUUAUGUUAUGACUGUUUCAAAACAGAAUGACUACAUAGCUGAUACGUAAAACGCGUACAAUGUGUACUGUUUUGUGCAAAACUGGAUGAACAAAUUGCUUGUAUGUAAAACGCGUAUACUGUUUAAUGAGCUUAGACGUGAACGCGUAAACUGUGGAAUGAUUGUUGCACAACAGGAUGGCAACAUUGCUUAAAAGUAAAUA